AUGGGAAGUGACUAUCCUCCUCAUCUUCUCCUUUUUCCAUAUCCAUCACAAGGUCAUAUAAUGCCUCUAAUGGAGCUGGCUCAAACCCUAGCCACCCAUGGUCUAAACAUCACCUUUCUUAACACCCAAUCUAAUCAUAAUCGUCUCAUUGAAAAUGGAAGUACUUCUGGUCUAAGCGAUCGAAUCCGAUUGGUUUCCUUACCGGAUUUGGAAAAUGAGUAUGACAAUCAACAACUCAGACAACCCGUGAUGGAGAAGCUUAUUAGUGAUCUCAAUGAGAAAGAAGGAUCGGGCGAUGGUCAUGGCAGGAUUACCUGCCUCCUGGCUGAUUACAGCUGCGCCUGGUCCAUGGAGGUUGGCAAGAAGAUGGGAAUCAAGACUGCAGUUUUCGUGGCCUAUUCAGUCACUACUGUUCUUCAAAUAUCCAACAUUCAAAAUCUCAUUGAUGAUGGAACCAUUGAUGAAGAAGGUUUUCCUUUAAAGAAAGAAGCAAUUGAAUUUUCACCAUUGCUUCCGCCCCUGAAUAUAAAAGAUUUGUUAUGGAUGACACUUGGUACCGUGGAAUUGAAGAAGAAGGUUUUUCAGAUGUUUAAGAUAAACAUGGAAAAAGAAAAAUUAUCUCAAUGGACCAUCGUCAACACAACCCAAAGUCUCGAGGCUGCAUCCCUAAGCUUGGUUCCACAUGCUCGGCCUAUUGGCCCACUCAUCUCGGGCAACCGACAGUCCAGUAACCUCUGGCAGGAGGACUUGGAAUGCCUAAAAUGGUUAGAUCAACAAUCAACAAACUCUGUCAUAUAUGCUGCAUUUGGGAGCACAACAUAUUUUAGUCAUGAUCAAUUUCUUAAUUUGGCUACUGGACUUGAGCUCACAAAUAGGCCGUUUUUGUGGGUAAUUAGACCCGACAGCGUAAAUGGGACUGAGCUUAAGUACUACUUGGAAGGGGUUUUGGAUCGGGUCGGGACCAGGGGUAAGGUGGUGAGUUGGGCACCUCAGGAGAAGGUUUUGAAACACCCUUCGGUUACUUGUUUCUUUACUCACUGCGGUUGGAAUUCGGUCAUUGAAGGUGUUGUCAACGGUUUGCCUAUGUUAUGUUGGCCCUACUUGGUUGACCAAUUCUUGAACCAAGAUUUCAUAUGUGAUGUUUGGAGGAUUGGCUUGGGAUUUGAGAGAAAGGAUGAUCAGGAGGUUAUAAGUAAAGAAGAAAUUAAAGACAAAAUUGAGACAUUGAUUGGUGACAAGUCUUUCAAAGCAAGGGCUUUAGAACUUAAGGACUCGACUCUCAGUUGUGUCAAGGAAAAUGGUAGUUCCCAUAAAAAUUUGCUUGAUUUUAUUCAGUGGCUGAGAAAUUGA